AUGCACCCCGUCGUCCCCUCCAACGCCCGCUUCGCCGUCAAUGAUACGGUCCUUCCCGUCGGUGGCGGCCCGGAUGGCCAAGCGCCUGUUUUCGUCCCCAAGGGCUCCAUCGUUGCUUACAGCGUAUACUCGAUGCACCGUCGUGAAGACUUCUAUGGCCCCGAUGCGAACGAGUACCGUCCUGAGCGCUGGGCCGAUCUGCGACCGUCAUGGGAGUACCUGCCCUUCAACGGUGGGCCCCGUAUCUGUGUCGGCCAACAAUAUGCACUGACCGAAGCCGGCUACGUCACCGUGCGUCUUGCACAGCAGUUCUCCGUUCUCGAAAGUCGGGAUCCAGGCCCGUGGGAGGAGAACUUGACCUUGACAUUGUGUUCGAGAAAUGGAACCAAGGUCGCCUUGAGACAUUAG